AUGGAAUCAAGCAAAAGAAACAUUUACUCUUUCAAGUUUAAGGAUCCCGAUCUAAGAAGCUUGCGUGACUUUGUCUCCCAAAUGCACCCAGUAUACAAAAUCAAUUUUGGGAAAAACUAUGGCAAUCUGCUCAACAUCCUCAACCAAAGAGUGGACCAUACAACCUUAGUCACUCUGGCCCAAUUCUAUGACCUGCCUUUAAGGUGUUUCACGUUCCGAGAUUUCCAGCUAGCACCAAUGCUGGAAGAAUUCGCGCGUCUUGUUAGGAUUCCUAUGAAGAAGAAGCCAUUGUUUGAAGGGGUGGAUGAAUCUUUGCCACCUGAAGUCAUUGAUAGAGUGCUCCACAUGGACGAAAGGGAAACUGAGGCUAACCUAGAAGUCAAAGGGAAUACCAAAGGGUUUUCACUAAGUUUUCUCUUAGAAAGAGCUCAUACCCUAUUAAAAGCGGAGAAUUGGGACGCUUGUUACUCUGUUAUUGCUUUGGCUAUCUAUGGCAUCAUCCUGUUCCUAAAUAUGGAUGGUUUCAUAGACAUGGCUGCUAUUGGCGUCUUCCUCACCGAAAAUCCAGUGCCCAUCUUGUUAGCUGAUGUUUACUAUUACAUGAGCCAUAGGUACACCAAAAAGAAGGGAAUGAUUACUUGUUGUGCUCCCUUAUUAUACCAGUGGUUCCUAGAACAUCUUUCAAAGACAGGUGUUUGGGUAGAAUAG